UCCCCUCGCAAGCACAGCAUUACAUAAACAAACCGCUAGACUUUCUUUCUCAUUAUUAUAGGGAUUCCAGUCGGUGACAGUGACACAGAACUGCGCGUAAAGAUGGCAAUGACGGACACAGAGCGGGGGAGCUCCAAUCGAGCCGAGUCUGGGUCCCCAUUCUCUGAGAUAAUUGAACUGAAUGUCGGGGGACAGGUGUAUGUGACACGGCACAUAACUUUGGUCGCCGUCCCAGACUCGCUCCUCUGGACCAUGUUCAGCAAGAAGGCUCCAAAGGACCUGGCGCGAGACGGCAAAGGGCGCUACUUCUUGGACAGGGACGGUUUCUUGUUCCGUUAUAUUUUAGACUACCUGCGGGACCUCAACCUGGUGCUGCCUGAUUUUUUCCCCGAGAAAAGCCGGCUGCAGAGGGAGGCUGAGUUUUUCCAGCUGCGGGACCUGUCCAAGCGCCUGAGCCCCAGGAUGAGCAAAGAGAACUCCAUCAACGAGGAGAUUUGCCAGAGCGACACCGAGGAGGGUGCGCUUCAGUGCGGCACCGGGUCCUCCGGCGUUGGCAUGGAAACUUUGCGCAUGAUGACUGCAAUGAGCAGCGCUCGCUCCCAGUCUCUGGAGUCCAGAAAGUCGGGCUACAUCACAAUUGGAUACCGGGGAUCGUACAAUAUAGGGAGAGAUAUCCAAACCGACGCGAAGUUCAGGAGAGUGGCGCGCAUCACGGUGUGCGGGAAAACUUCCCUUGCCAAAGAGGUGUUCGGGGACACUUUGAAUGAGAGCAGGGACCCCGACCGGCCACCGGAGAGGUAUACGUCCCGUUACUACCUGAAAUUCAAUUUCCUUGAGCAGGCGUUUGACAAGCUGACCGAGGUUGGCUUUCACAUGGUGGCUUGUAGCUCCACGGGCACAUGCGCCUACACCAGCAAUGACCCAAACGAGGAUAAAAUCUGGACGAGUUAUAACGAGUAUGUGUUCUGUCGGGACUAAAAUGUUAAUAUGGUCACCACCUGAGCCCACCCGCUGCCAACAGAAAAUUACUGUUUUGUGUUUACUUGUGUAAAUAGGCAUCUCAUAAUUUCCACAAAGAGAAUAGGGCCUGCAUAUUUGAUCUUUGACAUUGUCUCCAGCAUAUAUUCUUCCAUGUCAUUAUUUAAAAUCUCUUUACAUAUUUAAUGGGAAAUACCCACAGCCUAUAGGUCAAUACACACUAACCUAGAAUUCCAGAUGUUAUCAUGUGUUAAUUUGCCUUGUGGAGGUGGCUAUUGAAUGAAUGAAUUUAAUGACAUCUUACACACACGCACAUGUAACAAUGAAGACAAGAAGACGGGUCAUACUUAAUAAUUCUCUUGAGUUGUGUUUUUAAAGAAAGGACUGUCCAGCCAGCGAUCCCAGAUUGGUGUUUCUUCGGAAGAUAGACACAAAGAAGCACAUUAGAUGUGCCGGACAACAAUAUGUUGAUGGCUGUAGAUUAGUGAUUUGUCUUUUAGCAUGGAAAUAACUGUGAAUUAGCAGGGAGCUAAUGCGACCAUUACAAUUAGGGCAUGCUAGCUAACUUGCUCUUACAGCAAUAACAUACAAAAGCACACCCCAGGAAGCCCUCAAUAUCUAACAGGGAACAAACACACACACACACAUAUAUAUACACUAAUUAUACAAAACAUUAAGGAUACCUGCUCUUUCCAUGACAUAGACUGACCAGGUGAAUCCAGGUGAAAGCUAUGAUCCCUUAUUGAUGUCACUUGUUAAAUCCACUUCAAUCAGUGUAGAUGAAGGGGAGAAGACAGAUUAAAGGAUGAUUUUUAAGCCUUGAGACAAUUGAGACAUGGAUUGUGUGUGUGUGCCUUCAGAGUGUGAAUGGGCAAGACAAAAGAUGUAUGUGCCUUUUGGACGGGGUAUGGUAGUAGGUUCCAUGCGUCAAGAACUGCAACGCUGCUGGUUUUUCAUGCUCAACAGUUUCUCGUGUGUAUCAAGGAUGGUCCACAACCCAAAGUACAUCCAGCCAACUUGACACGACUGUGGGAAGCAUUGGAGUCAACAUGGGCCAACAUCCCUGUGGAACGCUUUCAACACCUUGUAGAGUCCAUGCCCCAACGAAUUGAGUCUGUUCUGAGGGCAAAAGGGUGGGUGCAACUCAAUAUUAGGAAGGUGUUCCUAUUGUUUGGUAUACUCAGUCUAUCUAUCUAUCUAUCUGUAAAUGUACAUAGUGAACUCAUACACAUUGUAAAUAUGAAAAUAGGAUAGAGUAUUUCAGAACAUGACCUACUGCUUGUAUAGCAGUAUCAGACUGGGAAGAAUGUAUGUUCCCAAUCUCCUAUCUGCAAGCAUGACCAAUGGCAUAACACCUUAUUGAUAUGUAAAUUCAACCAACCAAUAGGAAUAUGUAAACAUACGCAUGCACUUGAUUCACAUGGGAAACUGUUGAGCGUUUUCCACCCAGCAGUGUUGCAGGUCUUGACACAAACCGGUGCACCUGGCACCUACUACCAUACCCCAUUCAAAGGAACUUGAAUCUUUUGUCUUGCCCAUUCACCCUCUGAAUGGCACACACACACAAUCCAUGUCUCAAUUGUCUCAAUGUUUAAAAAUCCUUCUUUAACCCGUCUCCUCCCCUUCACUGAUUUAGUAGUGGAUUUAGUGACACCAAUAAGGGACCAUAGGUUUCACCUGGAUUCACCUGGUCAGUCUAUGUCAUGGAAAAACAGGUGUUCAUAAUGUUUUAUACACUCAGUGUAUACAUGCCACCUUUCAGUUAUUUCAUAGACCGGUCACCGUGGUUCCCUGCCACUGACUGGUAACCUUCAGUAUUGUUUUCUGAAUCCAGUCUUGUUAAAAAAUAGAGUUGAUUUAAGUAAGAGAUGAUUUUGAAUGUCCAAGAUUAAUAGACAUACAUGUAUUUCUACUUUAUUUGGUGUACUAGAACUUCUACAGAGCCUAUAUUGACCUGAAAUAGCUCGCUUUAUUAGCCUACUAAGACCACAUCUCUGCCGAGCUGACAAAUGCAAAUUCCUGUAGUAAUAAUUGUGUUGUAAUGAAAUUGGGUUAUUUAUCUGUGCGAGACUAAGCAUUCCUCCCUGUCUCAAUUUGCAUGACAAUGUUAAAAUUAAAACCCCAUCAGACUCCACUUUGUGAUCCAUAAAGUUAAUACAACAGCGUAUAGACAUGGUAGAACAUUAUUGUAUUAUUUUACAGCAUUUUAGUCAGCGUAAUUCAUUCAUUAGAGGCUUGCUUUACCAAAUAAUGUAUUUUCUACUUCAUUCCACAGUAGUCUGAUUGCCCAAAAAUAUGCAUUUGUUUUGUUGCGUUGCAUAUUUGUUAACUUGUUCACAUACUGAAAUAAAGUCUUCUACAAUUCUAA